GGCUUUUCAGAGACAGGACGGGGAAAGAGAAAAAGUAAAUUGUAGGAGGUGCCAGAGGAGGGUGGAGCGAGAGCAGGGACGGGAGGGAGCGUCGCAUGGGGCCCACGCUCGGAACAGUCCGCUCGGCGGUCAGGACAGGAGUAGGAGGGGGGGAAGGAACAGUAGGGAGGGUGGUGUAGGUGUUCUCCGUCUAUACUUCUCUCCCUCUCUCUUCAAUUGUCUGAAUCAUCCCCCGAAGUUCCAUACCAUGUUAGCAAGAUGGGCCCCUCAACAGAGGGCGAACUGAUGCGUUUAACGUUGCCUCAGCUCAAGUCUUUCUUGGUAAGUCGCGACGUGCUGCUGCCGUUGAAGAAUCAACCGAAAGCCUUCUAUGUGGACUUAGCGAUCAAGGCUUUGUCACCGUCAGGCGGUGGUAGCGUGCUCCCUCCUGCAGCAGCAGCUGCUGGUGUUGCUGCCGCUGCUGCUACCUCUCGGCAACGACCCCCCUCCUCCUCCUCCCCUUGCCCACCGUCGGACGGGCACGUCGUCGUCGGUGCCGAACGGUUGAGUCCUCCACGGCGUCCCCCUCCGCCUUCCACUCCUGCUCCUCCCCAUCCUCCUGAUCUUCCUACCCCAGCUGUGUUUGCGGAGGACGGGCAGACCUGGAUGCACAUUGCGGGCGUAAGAGUACCUGGAACAGGGGGAGGAGGAGGUGGAGGACUAGGAGGAGGGGUGGUGGCUAAGUCGGUGAUGCGGCAGGGACUCUUGAGCGCGGCAGGUGGUGCUGAUGGCGGUAGUGUCGCCGCAGAGCCCGGUGUUGCCUUCGCGCCAGCGCUUGGCUCCGUUCCAUUGCCGCUGUCGCGCGGGAAUCAUCUGCGAAUGUCGAGCGGCGCAAGCGUUCGUCCGUCCCCGCCGCCGCCGUCGUCGGUUCCGCCAGCGGCGGUGGAUGGGUCCAGGGCGGAAAUGCCAUCACCAUCGAGGGGACAGAGACCGAGCCCCCCUCGUGCUUCGCGCCCCAGCGGGACGACAAGAUCCCUCCCUCCGACUCCCCCAACCGCGGGCACCAAAAGGGUGGCCAAUGCUACUGCUUUGAGGUAUGCCAUACCGGACACCAAUAGGGCAGGAGAACAAAUCAUGAGUCAUCAUCAGCACCAUCAUGCUCAGGCACGUCAACACUCUGCCACUGCCUGCAACUCGGGGACGGCGCCCUCUUUGCCGCCCUACUGCAGCACGACGUCAUUCAAUUUCAGUACAGACCCGGAUUUGGAUGCAUACGAAGAGAAGCCGGUGAUAGCGGCGCUGGGAACGCCGCCCAUACCCCCUCCACCACCCGUACCAAGUUCCCCUUGCGUGGGCUUCUCUGGCGACAGGGGGGACUGGAAGCCUGGGGCUUCGUCCUUGGCGCGUCAGCAUCUGUCUCCGCGAAAGCGGGGACCUGUAUCGCGUCAGCAAGCAGGUGGGUUGACCGCGAAAGGGGGAGGAAGAGAUUCUGAAGGCAAUGUCGGGAAGGGAGCGAUGAGGACGCCGGAGUUUAUGACGACGGCAAUGAGAAUCGCGAGAGGGGAAAGGGCUGAUCUCUUGCGAAAGGGCGGUGGCCAAGAUGAGGGCGGGUGGGGGGAGGAGGAGGGAGUCGUAGGGGACAGCGGAAUUGGCGCAUGGACCGUUGCAAUCAUUGGUCUUGUACUGCUGUGGGCGAUUUUGUGGUCGAUGGUGGACACUACGCGGCUGUGGCCGAAGCCAUUUUGCACGGAUUCUAGCGGCGGCAUAAAUGGAGGAGAUAACUGCAUUCCUUGCCCUUCUCAUGGAUGGUGCAAGGGUGGCAUACUGAUGUGCGAGGUUGGUUAUGAGCGAGUGGGCAAUCGCUGCGUAAAAGACAAGCGGGUGGAGCAGAUUGCACAGAGAAUGAAAGCUCCUAUUGUGGACUUUGUAUGUCAGAAGCGGGGUUCGGCUCUUUGUGGACGUCCUGGCGGUGAAUGGAUCACUGAAGGGGAUGUUUUGGAGCUGCUGGAGCAAAAGGGUUUGCGAGAUCAGGUUGGUAAAGGCCGGGAGAACUAUCAGCUGGUCUUUUUGACUGCUCUGCAAAGGGCAGCGGAUGUGCUGGAGACGAGAGCAGAUUUGACAGGUUUGCAGAGUUUCAGGUGCCCCCACAAGAUGGUGUCCAAGUACAAGCCUACCGGAUGUAUUGUUAGAGAGUGGGCUCGGGUGCACUGGGCCGUGUUGAUCUUUGUGGUUCCAGCGGUUGUUGCCUGUGGAUUGUGUACAUGGCAGGCAGUUAAACGCAGGCGAAUGAUUGGUAGAGCAGCGUGCGUUUAUGAGCAGGUAUGCUCAUAUUUGGAGGAACAUGCCAUGGAUGCCCGUGCGUCAUCUACUCCAGAGAACACGUGUCCAUGGGUCGUGGCAUCCCGUCUUCGCGACUACUUGCUUCCAAUUGAGCACAGGAAGGAUCAUGUUCUCUGGAAAGAGGUAUUGACAAAACAUCAUGAUAGUGUUUAUGUGCACUGGGAUCCAUUUGUGUUUGCCAAUUGAUGCUCUGCGUGCUGAAGAGUAUAAAUACACUCUCCAAGUGCGCUAUCCCGUUACAAAAUCUGGGUUGUCCCUGGGACGGUAUUGGCUCAUGGCCCAGAUCAUUGGAAGAAAGUAAGAAGUCUGAAAUCUUGGCCAUCCAGUCCUGCAGGGUCAACGGUGCAGAUCAACCCCACCCCCAACCCCCCUUACUUGGAUCUUCUACACUGUACACACACACACACACAGACACACACUCAAUGUUGGAUUUUCUCAUCUUUAAUGUGCUUCGGUGUGCUUCAUUGUCUGCCACAGAUGUAAAACUGCUUCAGUUUUCAAUCUACUCAUAUGGUUGGAGAAGGGGCUGUUGUGGUGAUGAUUCACGACAUAUGCACACUGACACAUGGACACAGAACCUCCUGAUGAGUCAGUAAAAGUCCGACGGAACA